GCCCCGGUCGGCAUGCGUGCGGGGGAGCGGAGCUAUAGCCGGUGUCGGCGGCGGCGGGGCGGUGAUUGUCAGCGGCGCUGUGGGGGAGAUGGUGGGCUCCAGCGAGGCCGGUACUGAGUCGUGGCGGGGCCGGUACUACCGGCUGGAGGAGGUGCAGAAGCACAACAACAGCCAGAGCACCUGGAUCAUCCUGCACAACCGUAUCUACGAUGUUACCAAGUUCCUGGACGAGCACCCAGGUGGUGAAGAGGUCCUUAGGGAGCAAGCUGGAGGAGAUGCUACGGAGAACUUUGAAGAUGUGGGCCAUUCCACAGAUGCAAGGACAAUGUCAGAAACCUUUAUUGUUGGGGAACUUCAUCCGGAUGAUAGAGGGAAGCUUCAGAAACCAACAGAAACUCUUAUUACCACCACUCAGUCUAAUUCCAGUUCAUGGUCCAACUGGGUGAUCCCGGCAAUAGCAGCAAUUAUUGUGGCCCUGAUGUAUCGUUCCUACAUGUCAGAGUAAGCGCCUUACUGAGAACUAAUGCAAGAAGAGACUGAUCUGGGAGAAAAUAAAAGCAAUCCUAACCCAAUAUGUUUCUGAACAAAAGCCUGAUGUCUGAAGAAAAAUUCAGCUUUUUCAAAAAACUGAACAAUUCUCUUCUGCUGUGCACUUUUCUUAAUGUUGCCUUCUUAUUUGCUGCUCUGAAGUGAUAAAAAGGCAGGAUUUCUCUUUUUGUAUAACAAUUUUAUUCUCUAAUGAGUUAUUUGAUAACUGUAUUGGUUUCUAUUUUAGAAUAUUGUUUUGUAUGUAACACUGAUUCUGGUUAUUUCUCUUUAAUCUGUAAUGGGCUCCAUAGGGCUCUCUUUACAUAUAAAAUUUACAGCUUUAAAUGACUACCAAAACUGUGUACAUGUAUUGGUCCAUGUACACAACUUCACUUAAAUGUAGUAUGUUUGAAUGAAAUGCUAAUUAAACCUAAUGAAAAAAGCUGGGUGGAGUAGGGGGUGCAGGUGCCUGUGAUCAGUUGGGCCCCAUCAAUCAGGCUAUAAUGAGCUGAUUAUUUUUUUUCUUCCAUCUUAUAUCUGCUCUUAUAGUUGUUGUAGAUACUCCUACUAGCAAACUAUUCUGUUUGGCUGCCAUUGAAAAAUUCAGGCAAAAUAUGAAACCCAGUGUUUGGCCGAAUUAGGUCUGUCUUCAUUUGUGAAAAGUAGCUCUUUUUUGCAAAAAAGAAAGGCAGAAAAAAGUGCUAUGUAAGUACCACUACAGGUAAUGUAACUGCUACUAAAUAAUACUGUUCCUUCCAAGCACUCAGGUGACUCUAGAAUUUGUUCUGGAAAUUUUAGACUUUUAUAAAAUAUUUGUCAAUACAUCGUGAGGGGGAAAAGCUGAUGUAUGGAAUCAGUUUCUGACUGUUCUGUGAUGUGCUCCUUGGUGCUUUACUAUGAAGAGAUCACUAUUUUCACUGCUAAAUAUGAGAGAACUGAAAGUUUGCAUUUUUGUGGUGAACAUUUUUAGUCAUAUGUAAAUGAUCAUGAAUAAAAGUUUAAUUGCUUACU